GACGGACGGACGACGGACGUCGGCGUUACGGCCGAUCGAGACGUCGGUGUGACGGCGUUCAAACAGUCGGCGACCGAGCCACGGUACCGCGGUAUAGAUACGACCCAGCGGAGCAGCGAUUCCGUCGGGCGGAGGCGGCCGUGUCCGUUCACGUUGGCACGACUGCAACAGCCGCCGCAAUCGCGGCUGCUGGCCGCCGGUUUGUCGAUUCGGCUUUCGGCGAGGCCGUCGUCGCCGCCGCCGCCGCCCGCGUGCAGCGGCGGAGCGGGUAAACGUCCGGUGAAACGCGCGUUAACAACACGCGCGAACCACGUCGUUCCGUCAACAACAACUGUGCCGUCGGUGUCCUCCGUCUUUUCAAGUACCUACUCGUAGACGUGCGAAACACAAGCGUUGUGAAUCAAACGACGACAAGUCUAUAACGGGCGGAUCAACUGCGCUACCUCCCCGGUGGCGCGCGUCUACCAUGUCCGGCAAAGGUUCGUUGGAGGUCAGCCGUCUGAUAGCCGAAGUGCACCGGAGGCCCGAGCUGUGGGACCGGCAACACCCGCAACACCACAACAGGUCCGUGCUGGACCAUCACUGGGAGUCCGUGGCCGCUAUUCUGGGCAUUACCGGUAAAGCAGCACGGGGGAAAUGGAAAAACUUGAAAGAUCAUUUUCGUAAAGAGUACAAAAGAUGUAUGACUAGCUUAGAAAGUGAUCAAGAAAUGUCUAGAUGGCCAUAUUUCCAUUCUAUGAUGUUUAUCAAAGAUCAGAUCUCACACACUGUCACAAAUUCAGCAUACCUGUCAGAUUUACAAUAUCAAAACAUAUAUCCAGAAGUGGAAUUAAAAGAAGAAGUGUCGGAUGAAGAAAAUCCUUUGAACUGCCUUAACAUUGAGUACGAUAAUCAAAAUUCAGUCGAAGUUAAAUCAGAGCAUUCGAAUCAAGACGAAAAUAUUUCUGAUGACAAACAUUUCUUAUUGAGUCUUUUACCGAUGUUAUCCACACUACCAAUGGAUAAGAAACUCGUAGCUCGGAUAGCAAUCGAAACGUCGUUGCUCAACAUAGCUUACCCAGAUCUGAAUACAGUGGACAAUUUUCACUCUGGACAAACAACGGGUACCACACAAACAUCGCCUAAAAAGACUGAAAAAAGAAAAAAAAUGAUCGAAGAUGAGUUGCACCCGAGGAAGCGUUCAUUAAACUCAAAAAAAAUAUAUUGAUAUUUAUUACCUACUUCAUUAAAUUUAUUUAAU